AAAGAACGGAUACAAAGGAGGGACGGGGGGGGGCGAGGCAGCGAGAGGGCUCGCUGGGCUUCGCAGCGAAGCCGGUAGAUGCAGGGCGAUCGACGGGGAUCUCUUUGUUGCGAGGUUUCACCCAACGAUAUGGCAGAGCCGAGGCGAGUCGGGGUUGGAGAAGCGGGAUGCGUUUGACGAGAGAUUGAAAGGGGACCGGGGGAGGCGAAAAAAGGAAAAAGGGAAGUCGGACGGUAGAGUCGCACGUAACGAUCUGCGUCGAAUCAAGCAGGGACUUCUUCCUCCCCUAAACAACCGGGAGGACAGGAUGACCAGCCGGCGGUACCGUGCAGAGUCGGAGAAACUAGCAGCGGGUUGAUGGAGAUGACCGGCGACGAAGUGGGGACGGACUGGAGAACUUGGGCGGUGGUAAGUUCGAUUGUUGUAGAUGAAGAUGCAGAGAAAGACGCAGAAGCAGAAGCAGGAGUCAAGAAGAAAAGGAAAAUGUGCGAGGAAGAAACAGCGCGGCAAGAGGAUGCCGGGGCGUUACGACCAGGCGGGUGCCAAUUUCCUCAUCGCCAUAAGGCUGUCUGCUGUCUGGGUCUGGUUGUGGUUCUGGUCUGGCGUUGGCUGUGGCCGCGCGGCGACUUCGGGACGGCAACCAGUCGCGUGCGUCAGUCCCAAGUUCCCAUCCUUCUCAUCUUCACCGUGCAGAUUAACGGAGGAGGAGAAGGAGGAGGGAAGCAUGGCCUCGAUUUCCCUUGGUGGAUCUGCCUCGUUGACCUCGUGGGUUCUGCGAGUCGGGAUUAUUAUUUAUCAACCUCCCCCCCCCCUUGCUGCUGGGAUGUCAGUGACAGUGACAGACUGUGUCAUGAACACCCCUCAUCUCCGCGGUGCCGCCACAGUCUGCCACUAGAUCCGGUGGUACAUUGGCUAGCGGGGAUUUCGUGAUCGAUAACGGGUACUCCGUACGGCCUCAGGAGUAUCUCUCUAUCUAUCUAUCUGUCUAGUGUCUAGCAUCUAGCAUCUAGCAUCUACUUAGCUAGCUGCUAGACAGAAUAUAGAUAGAUAGUUCAGGACUGGUGGCCUCAAAAGGCCCCGACUUGUCCGAGUCGACGGAUCAUCUCCAUCCGGAUUGGCCUCCAU